AUGGCUUCACAAUUCAUUUGCAUUCUCCUCUCCGCAAUCGCCGUGUCCAAUGCUCAGGUAGCAGUAAAUGGACCAUUCUACGGCAGAUACUAUGCGGCAGCGAAACCCGUUCUCACUCCUGGCUUCGCCCAGGUUGCAGCACCUGUGCUUGCACCAGCAGCUCCAGUUUUCGCUGCACCUCCAGCUGCACCUAUGGCUGCUCCAGUGCCAGCUCCAGCUCCAGUCGCCCCCCGAUUCUUAACCCUGAGGCAACGGCAAAUCCCUAUCAGCACUUCUGUUCUGCUUUCUACAGUGCGAUAA